AUGGAGACGAGAGGAGUUCUGGAACUUCUGUUGGUGAACGCCGAGGACCUCAAGCAUGCUCAUCAUCACCCGCGGCGAUCAAAGAGACACUACGUGACCAUCGACUGUGGUGGUAAAAUUGUGAGCAGCAAAAUCACGCAAGGUAGAGAUAAAAAGAUCUGGUGGAACGAGAAGUUCACGUUUCCGUUGUCGGACACCGAGUGCAAGGAGUUGGCGAAGGUGACGCUGACGAUCAUGGAGAUCGACAAGUUCGCCGAAGACACCCCUGUCGGCGAAACCAAGGUGCACGUCGGCGAGAUCAUCAGCGAGGGCGGCGAGCAGGAGUUCCUGCAGGUGAAGCCGGCGCCGUACAACGUCGUGCUGGAGGACGGCACCUACAAGGGCGUGCUCAAGCUGGGCAUCAAGUUCAUCUCCAGCGUGAGACUGCCGCCGUCCAAAGACUGCGUGCGGUGGUCGGCGCCGGCGAGGCAGCCGGGCGUCGGCUACGGGCUGUUUCUGAACUUCGCGUGCCCGAGCAUCCCGUGGAGGCGGCUCUUCUUCUUCUGCAGUCGCUCGAGCGGUGGACAGAGCGGCAACAAAGAUCUGUGA